GUACCCGGUAAACAGGUUAACGAACUGCCCGCCAGUUUGUGUUCGCUGGCGAAAGGAUGCGCUGCUUUUUGAUUGUCCUGGCUGGGACCUGUGUGUCCCUAUCGUUGGCAUCGCGCCUCUCCCCAAGCCUCCCACUCGAAGGAUAUGAGAUGCACCUGAAACAAUUACUCCAGAAGAUCCUUUGGGCGGCGAAUGUAAAGCGUUGUUUUGGAGUCAUCACCGAUGAUCUGCAUUAUCCGAUCUAUGAUAGGAAUUUCUUUCAAUCGGUGGGUCGUCAAGUAGUGCCCUUUUUCGUAAUGCGAUUAAAUGCCAGCGAGGAUCUUCUGAAGCCUCCAAGGCAAGUGGAACUCGUCCUGAAAGCCAUCAAGUCCAGUGAUUGUGAAGUGUACUUUAUGACAUUAUUAAAUGGCUGGCAAGUGCAGAGAUUUCUGAGAUAUAUCUAUAGCACCAGAUCCUUAAACAUGCAGAAAAAGUUGAUCCUUUUGCACGAUUCUCGACUAUUUGAAAGGGAUAUGAUUCAUCUAUGGAGUGUUUUUGUGGGAACUAUAUUUCUUAAAUAUCAAAUGGAUAACAGAAUUACUAUUUCCACAAUUGCAUUUCCUGGAAUUUUAAGUGGUGUUUUGGUUACAAAGAACCUGGCCAAUUGGGAGUCGGGAAAAAGUAUCAAUGGAAAGGUAUUAUUUGAAGAUAAAACAAAGGAUCUACAAGGAUCUCCCAUUCCCGUGGCCAUAUCUGAACAUGUCCCCAUGGUCCAGUGGAUUAAUACCACAAGUAGCUAUCACGGCGUUGAAAUAGAGAUUAUAGAUUCUCUCGGUAAAGCCCUUAACUUUCAACCCAUCUACUAUAAACCCAACAAAAGCGAAGAAACCAAUUGGGAUCUGGAGGAUAUUUACGAGAACGAUGCCCAGACUGGAGAAAACGAAACUCAAAUAGAUUCCAAACUAAUUGAAGAGGUGGCCCAACACAAUGCCCGUUUCGCCAUCGGGGACUUGCAUUUUUUUCAGGCUUAUUUGUCAUUUGUGGAGCUCAGUUUGCCGCAUAAUUUCGAGUGCCUGACCUUUCUCACCCCGGAAUCCUCCACGGACAACUCCUGGCAGACCUUUAUCCUGCCAUUCAGUGGCGCCAUGUGGACAGGUGUCCUUUUAUCCUUGUUCAUAGUGGGCACUGUGUUUUAUGCCAUCAGUUAUCUUAAUGCAAUCCUAACCAGAACAGGUUCUACUGGAUUCUUUCGCUGGUUUCGAAGGAAUCGGGAGAUACCUAUGGAUCCAACAAUCUUCAAGAGAGUCAGCUUUCGUAUUGCCAUCAGCCGGUAUCGUCCAGUUAAGGGAUCUCAUAGUUUUCGGGAUAUUUUCGAUGAUUAUUCCAAUUGUAUAUUGUUGACAUAUAGUAUGCUUUUGUAUGUGGCCUUGCCGAGAAUGCCACGAAAUUGGCCCUUGAGGGUCCUGACAGGAUGGUAUUGGAUCUACUGCAUCCUCUUGGUGGCCACCUAUAGGGCCAGUUUUACGGCCAUUUUGGCCAACCCAGCAGCAAGAGUCACUAUUGAUUCCCUGGAAGACCUUCUUCACUCCCAUAUCCCUCCAUCUGCUGGAGCUUCGGAGAAUAAACAAUUUUUUUUGGAUGCUAUUGACGAAGUUGCUCAAAAGAUUGGCCAAAAAAUGGAAGUUAUAACCCAAAACGAUGACUUGACCUCUCGCAUUGCCAAUGGACACAGUGCCUACUAUGACAACGAAUUUUAUUUGCGAUAUUUACGGGUGGCCGAUGAAUCCGGCGGAGUGGGUUCCGCCCUUCAUAUUAUGAGGGAUUGUGUGGUUUUUAUGCCCGUUGUCCUGGCCAUGGAGAAAAAUUCGGCUCUUAAACAAAGAGUCGACAGUUCAAUACAACACCUAGCCGAGGGUGGUCUUAUUGCCAAAUGGUUAAAGGAUGCCAUUCAGAGGCUACCGGCUGAAGCUCCAGCCCAGCAGGAGGCUCUCAUGAAUCUGCAGAAAUUCUGGAGCUCCUUUGUGGCUUUGGGCCUGGGCUAUGUGGUAUCCAUAUUGGCCUUAUUGGCAGAACGCUGGCACUUUCAACACUUUAUCAUGAAACAUCCCAUGUAUGAUGUCUACAAUCCAGGAUUAUAUUAUAAAUUCAAACGCCUCUAUCCAGAACAAUAAAAUAUCUGCAAA